AUGCCAGCUGCACUGAAGAGCAUUGGUUUCAUCGUUACACCAGUAUUGCAUCCAACGCGUGGCGACAUGAAACGUAUUCUUGUGGAAUUUGAAGAUUCAAUUGAGCCAGGCGAUAUUGUCCUGUUUUAUUUUGCUGUACAUGGGACACAAUGGGAAGAUCAAAAUUAUUUAUUACCAAAACAUAUUCUCAAAAUUGAUGGUGUAAAUUUGAAUAGAAGUGCAAUUAAUGCACAAAAUGUUCUCAAUACUUUAAGUGAUCGAGAUCCAUUUGUAACGAUCUUUUUAUUGGAUUGCUGUAGAAACUAUCACAAACGUAAUACCGAAAUAUAUGCACGAGAUGAUUCAAGUGAUUCCAAAUCAGCUGACUUCAAGCCAAUGGAUAAGACCAGAUCAUUGAUUGCUUUUGCUUGUGCGUCUGGCACUAUAGUCAUGGAUGGACAAGGGCAACGAAAUGGUUUGUUUACAAAACAUAUUUUGGAACACACAACGACUCCAAAUGAGGACAUCUCACUAAUGUUGCGUGAUGUUCGACAAAAAGUUGUAGAAGCAUCAAAUUUACAACAGAUUCCUUUCGUAAGCGAUGGUUUACUCAAAAAGAACAUAUUUUUGUAUGAGCAACAUCGAUGUAAGCAAUAA